GCAGUCUGCAGUUCUGUUGUUUUGAGAGGUUGGGAAUAUUGAUAUAAACUUUUAAAGCGUGAGACAGAGACCUCUAAAUAGGAGCGGGCGUAUGAGGUUGUUGGGCUUGACCCAUUUUACCAUGAGAGUUUUUCAGAAGUUCAGCCCACCUUCCUUCUGCAGUUGAUGAAUCUGCAGCUGGUGUGGAGAUGACGGACAGUGUCAGGGCCUUCCUCCGCUAUGUUGCGACGGGGAUCAAGGACUCCAUUCUGGGGAUUGGAACAAUCUCCAAACUGGACGCCCGUAUUCAGCAAAAACGGGAAGAGCAGAGGAGGAGAAGAGCCAGUGGUGCCCUGGCACAGAGGCGGGCACAGAGUGAGGAGCGUAAACAGGAGAGUGAGCCCAAAGUUGUAAGCAGAAUUUUUCAGUGCUGUGCCUGGAAUGGAGGAGUAUUUUGGCUCAGUUUGUUCCUUUUCCACCGGGUGUUUAUUCCCCUGCUUCAGGCUCUCACAGCAAAAAUCAUUGGCGAUCCGUCACUGCAUGGCAAUGUGUGGUCAUGGUUGGAGUUCAUCUUGACCUCUGUAUUCAGUGCUCUCUGGGUGCUCCCACUGUUUGUGCUCAGCAAGAUAGUCAAUGCUAUUUGGUUUCAGGACAUCGCUGAUCUGGCUUUCGAAGUGUCUGGACGUAAAGCUCAGCCAUUUCCAAGUGUCAGCAAGAUCAUAGCAGACAUGCUCUUCAACCUCCUCCUGCAGGCCCUGUUCCUCAUUCAGGGAAUGAUUGUCAGUCUCUUCCCAAUUGAUGCCAUUGGUCAGAUGGUCAGCCUGCUGCACAUGUCUCUUCUCUAUUCCCUCUAUUGUUUUGAAUAUCGCUGGUUCAACCAUGGGAUUGAAAUGCACCAGAGGUUGUCCAACAUUGAGAGGAACUGGCCCUACUACUUUGGCUUUGGUCUGCCCAUGGCGCUUCUCACUGCUCUGCCAUCGUCUUACAUUAUAAGUGGCUGUCUGUUCUCCAUCCUUUUCCCACUCUUCAUCAUCAGUGCUAAUGAAGCCAAGACCCCAGUGAAACUAUACCACUUUCAGCUGCGCCUCUUCUCCCUUGUUGUGCUCAUCAGUAACAAGCUGUUUCAUAAGACAGUCCACCUGCAAAGUUCUCUCACAUCUUCCACCUCUACCGAGAGGCUGCCCUCUCCUCACGUCUCGCCUACCCGCCAGCGACCUUUGCCCUCCCAGUGAACACAGCAGAGUUUCAAAAGCGCAUCCGAGAUUGGAGACCUCUGUUCCAAUGCAUUCGGAUGCAGAGCGUGAAUGCGGGAUCUUUCUGAGCUGGAGAGGUUGUUUGGAAAUUGAUUUUUUUUUUUUUUUGUCCUUUCUAUGUAAUUUGUCAGCCCAUUCAGUGUCCUUGUGGAGGAUCAAUCUGGUUUGUUUUUAAUGUGAAUGACUCACAAAUUGGCAUUUGACUGCCCUGUGCCUCAGUGAAAAAAAAAAAAAAAAACACACACACACAGAAACACGUAAGGUGAUAUAUUUGGCUCUUUUGUGUGGUUUUGUUAUCUGUUUUGUACUUGUCACGUGCCAUUUGAAUGAUUUAAGCAUUUUCGAAUACACAACCCACAUGUUCGCGUACACAUAUAAUUUCUCUUACCCAAGUCUACACGUUUACCACCGUUCCUCUUUUUAACAGUUUAAUCGCCUUACCUUACGAUUUUACGGUAAUUCUUUUUUUUUUUUUUAUCUGGUGUUGGAGAAAGGGGCAUCAGAAGCGACUAUGUCUUUUUAAAUCUAUGUACAGUACGUUGUCCUGGUGACACAGAUGGUAGUGGCUUACUGGCUGUUUAAUUUGUGUGGUAAAUCAUUGGAGCCAAGUAACAAAAUUCCUGUCAUGGUCUUGAACAGAAGCAGGUACAGGACUAAUGUCAUGCUGGUAUCCCAAGCCAGAGAAGCAGAAUACACAGCAGUGAUGUUUUCCUGUGAUGCACUGGAUGUUUCUUAAAAAAAACAAAACAAAAAACAAAUAAGCUGUUUUUUAAAAUUAGGUUGUCACUUCAUACAGAUGGCAUCUGCUUUUACUGAUGAAAUUCCAUAAAAAACAAAAAAACAAAAGGGAUAUGUUUUGACAGUGACUGCUUUCUAGGGAAUAUCAUUGUAACGUUUAAGCAAGGGAGCUGGUUUUAACCCCCUGCUUGAUCCAUUUCAACCUUUGUUCUGCGGUUUGAUGUCAAGUGAAACAAACCAACAAUUUUUUUUUUUUUUUUGAAGGUAUGCACAAGUUAAGCUUUAGGAUUCUGCUGCUGGGACAGAUGACACUGCCAAACUGCUAAACGCAUUCAGUUUAACUCAUUUAGAUCAAGCCAGUACCAAGUUCUGGUGAGCAGUGGUGUGUCUAAGUCUGAGUUUUAUAGAUAGAAACAAAUGGGGGGGUAGUCUUUAUCUCCCGCUUUUGGAAAUCCUCUGUCUCUGUUGCUAAAAUACAAAAUCUCAAAGGGGUUUUGAAUGUCCUACCUGAAGCACAUGCUGAGUCACCAGUCUCAUUGUCGGUGUAUCUGAUGGGAAGAGAAGGUGUGAGUUUUUUCCGAAAUGGUCUAUAAUUACUGAUUAUUGUAAGAAGUGCAUAGUGUUACGUAUGCAGAUUGAUCUUUGUGAGUGAAGUUUUGUAAAAGUAUUACACAUUAUUUCAAUAAAAUUUGUCUGUAUGCACUA